AUGGGGCGUAAGAUGGACCUGUCUGGUCUGACAGAUGAUGAAGCAGAUCACGUACUCAGAGUUGUACAGAGAGACAUGCAACUGCGUAAGAAGGAAGAGGAAAGACUUGGUGAAAUGAAGCAGGAAUUGGAGGAGGAGGACAGUCGCUGUUUGCUUCUGUCCAAGCAGCACAAGUUCAACGAGCACUGCUGCAUCCGUUGCUGUUCUCCGUUCACCUUCUUUCUGAACCCCAAACGCCUGUGUCUGGACUGCCACUAUAACGUCUGCAAAUCCUGCUGCACCUACAACCGGAGUGAGAGGGGCUACAUCUGUGCCGCCUGCCAGAAGAGUAGGCUCUUAAGAACCCAGUCUCUGGAAUGGUACUACAAUAACGUGAAGAGUCGCUUUAAGAAAUUCGGCAGCGCCAAAGUGCUCAAGACUCUCUACAGGAAGCACAUCAUCGAAAGAGGAGCAUUAUCAGAGUUACCAGAGGUCAGUGCUUAUGAAGGCAGUGUUGAUAAUGGCAGUGUCUGUGAUGGUAGCGACUCCACACUCUACAAGCAGAGUGAAGGUCACAGCAUGGCAGAGACGCUCACCGUUGCUCUACGUGUUGCAGAGGAGGCAAUAGAGGAAGCAAUCGCUAAAGCAGAGAGCUACAGAGAUAGCCUGGAAAAACAGAAUGAGGCUCGUUAUUUGCAGGACCAUAAAGAAGAGCUCAUAGAGGAACUGGCCACUACCAUUGUUCAAAAAAUAAUUCAGCGGGGGAAGCGGUCUGAGAUUCAGGCUGAGUAUGAGUUUGUAUGGCCUCAAGUUCAGAGUAGCGAUCUUCUGUCCCCUACCUCAACACAAAACACACAAGCAACACAACAUUCACACACCUCCUCUCAGUACGGAGCAGUAGCCCAGCCCGACAUAACCAAGAGGUCAAGAUCAGCAAUCUUGACAAGUGACGAUUCUCCAGAGAAGGUCCCUGAGGUGGGUAUGGCCCUGGGGGGCCCAGAGAGUGCAGAGGUCAAAACAGACAUUCAGAACUACUCUUCACUCAGGAGAGAGUCCAGAGCAUUAUCACUUCCGGGCUGGAAGAGUGUUGACCGCCUGGACAACUCUAGUGCGUCAUCAGUACUGCAGUCCCCGGAUGGUAACUGGAUCGCCCUGCAGAGCUCCCAGCAUUCCCGGCCCAGUCUACUAACCAAGCGCAAGAGCCUCGUUUUCAGCGUGCUUGAGAAGGAAUCAGGUGUUGUGUCUGCAUAUGACGAGAUGGGCUCCAAUUCGGACCCCGAAGACCAGGGAAGCUGGGGAGCCGCCCUGUUACAGUUUCGUAGCCGUCUCUCAGAUGAGACAUACUAUACUGACUCUCAACACGACCCUGAAUGGACGUACACACAACACCUGCCUGUGACGUCACCCUCCUCGGGUCAGUACACCAACACUGAGACCCUCAACACAGACUCUGAGACAUCUUCCACCCCAUCAACCAGAGCACGCAGGCCUGCCCAUGUUACACCCCCAAGGAAUAAAGGGCCACCUGAACAACACCUGUAUCAACCCUACAGACAUACACCAAGCAGUGCAGCUUCCCCCCUGCUUAGACCAGAGGUGUUGGAUGUGAACUUUAACCCCCGUUUGGGAGGGGACAGUAGUGAUGGGGAGGACCGGAGCGAGCAGGUCAAAAGGUCACGGAGGCGCAGAAAGAGCAAGCGUGAGACAACGGAGCACAGCCAAGCACAGAAUGCGCUGUACAGUGCUGCCACCGCGGAGAACAGUGCUCUCCUCCUCAAUGCCAUGAUGAUGCGCCGACAGCAGAGUCAGGAGACUCCGGGCCCUCUCAGUUACCAGACUCUAGAUACUGUGACCCCUCUUGAGCUUUUGACCGCUGGAGCCUUGACCCCUGAAUCUGACUAUCAAAGCACAGUGGCUCACAACUCUAGUGCCGCCAGUAAACCAAUGCUGAGCCAACCAGGAGCCAGCAAACAAGGGUUCAGCAUUCAUUUUAAUGAAACAUUGGAACAGGGACUGAGAUCCAAACACUGUGAGCUGGUCGGCCAAGUCAGUGAAAGGGAUGUGAUGUCAUCUGAUCUUGAAACAGUCAGAGAAGCUGGCAACGAAAGUGAGAAACUGAGACCAAAGGAGAGGCGCGAAAGUAAACGACACAAGCAGGCCGAUAAAGAGAUUGAGAAGCUGAGUGAACAGUGGUUGGAAAGACAAACAGUUCAAGAGAUGGAUACAAGUAAAGCAAUAAGACAGAUAAAUGUCGAGCGAGAGAUGAAGAGGGAGAGGGGACGACAGAAAGAGAUAGAGAGGCAAGUAGAAAGAGAGCGAGAGAGGCAAAGGGAACUGGAGAAACAAAUCGAUAGUGACAGAGAAAAGGAAAGAGAAAUAGAAACACAGGUUGAGAGGAAACAGGAAAGACAAAGAGAAAUAGAGAAACAACUGGAAAAAGAGCGGGAGAGACAAUCAGAGAUUGAUCGAGAGCUUGAGAAGCAAAGGAAAAGCAUAGGCAUGGGAAGACAUGCACAAAAAGAACCUGUAGUGAGAGCAAAAUCCAAAGAGGAAGAGAAACAGGAAGUGGCCAGUACAACAGAGGAAAUAUCAGGUAGAGCAAUGGAGCAAAACAAGAAUUUGGAGGAAGACAGUGAUGAAACAGAGAAGUCCAUUGGGGAAAAGGUGAGGAGAAUAUCACCGCUGAGAAACAAAUCAGAAACAGGGUUAGAAGAACAAGAAAAUCCUGAGUCAAAGAUAACAAGAUCUACAAGCGCAUCUCCAGACUCCACCCCCUGUAGUCUGGAGGAGCCAGCGUCUCCAUCUGAGGGUGGUCUAAACGAUUGUGCUUUACAGCAGAAGCUUCUGUUACUCUCAUCUCUCUUACAACAGAAGUACUCCGCCGCGUCUUUAUGCAGCAUUACCACAGAGGUUCUGAAGGUUUUAAAUGCCACAGAGGAAUUGCUUGACCCUUCUCCGGCUAGCACACCACUGUCACCUGGCCCAGGAAACAGGAAGUUGGACCAGCACCUCACAAAGAUGGAGGAAAAUGUGUAUUUGGCUGCUGGUGCUGUGUACAGCCUUGAGGGGGAGCUGAGUGACUUAGAAGAAUGUGCUCGCAGCAUCAGCAGCUCCACCACAGAAACUGAACUGGCUUUCCUUGAAGACCAGGUGGCCACUGCUGCUGCUCAAGUGCAGCAGUCUGAGCUCCAGAUCUCAGAUAUUGAGGCAAGAAUAUCCGCUCUCAAGUCUGCAGGUCUGAAUGUAUCUACAUGCACACAGUUUUCCAAGUACAAGUCUAAACCUAUGCCCCAGACACUGGACUCUUCACGCCAUCAGAGGAGAAAGCUGCCUGCUCCUCCUCUCAGAAAUCUAUCAUCAGAAAAGGAAGUCAAACCUGAGCCACAGGUGAGAUCUAUGAAGCCAUUACAACAGUGAGUCGUUUCAUGUCACAAUCGUGACAUGUUUCUCAAAUAU